AUGGCAAGUAUUCAUCGCUUAUUACCAACACCUAAUGAGUUUUAUAUUGAACUACAAGAACGAGCCGAUCUUGCUGAAAACAGGCGUCAUAGAAGAUUUCUGGCAGUUUUGUUUUUGCAGCGAAUGACUCGAGGCUACUUGAUUAGAAAAUAUAUUUCUUGGUUAUCUAAAAAUGCAACUACAAUUCAAUGCGCCUUUAGAAUACAUAGAGCGCGAAAAGCAUACCGUGCGGCCUUGAGAAGAGCUGUUGGAUACAAACACGCUAGGUAUUAUGCUCAUGCAGCAACUACAAUACAGGCUCUUUGGCGAGGACAUUACUCGAGGCGUACAAAAUUCUGUUAUCGGUCAUAUAGAAAAUGGCUAGCUACAGUAAAGGAACGAGGUGAAAGACGUGCUGCAGAAGCCGCUGAAUUCGGUAUAAUAAGUAGAGCCGAUGACUUGAGGAUUUUGGAAGAAGAAGCCAGGCAGUGGCUUGCGUUCGUCGUGUAUAAAUUACAUCACCUACUCAGAACAUACGUUUGUGCUGGUGUUUAUUCUCAAUCUGAAUCCACAGAACUGUCAGAUUUUGAGAAGCUUCUGAAAUCUAUUCAUUAUACUGAGUAUAUGAGAAGACUAAAACGAAAAUAUAAUGAAUUCGUUAGAAAAUUCCGUCCGCGAUUUUCGAAUAAAAGAUUGUUUCCAAUUAUCGGCGAUGGCGCUGAUUAUUGGUAUCUUUCAUUACCAGAAAUGUAUGAACUGACAGCUCCUCAUUCAAAAACUUCAGAUAAACGAUAUCAUGCAUCACAUCAUGGCCCGAUUCAUAAAAAACCCUUUCUUUGGAAGAGAGUUAGGCCAGAGCAUUUAGAAGAAUCUAGGGGACCACAUAAGAUUCCUAAACCUUCAACUCCAUUGUCGCCGCCACCACCAGCGCCGACACCUAAUAUCGAUGGAAGACCUCAACAAGAUCCCCGAUUUCAUUUAUACGUUAAAUAUUAUACUCCUCAACCAGAUCUUUUUGAUUACGUUGACUACCACAUAAAUGUUCUCUUAGCCAGGAAAUGUUCAAUUCAAAAUAUAGACAAAGACACGUAA